AUGGAAGAAGCAUCAAUUUCUGAUCCUAAAGAUCCUCCUAGCUGUGGAGAUGCAUAUAGAGCGGCAGUUCAUGGGAACUUGGAAGUUCUCACGAAAUUUUACCAGAGAGAACCAACCUCUUCUAUCAAUAUUUGUGGUGACACCAUUUUUCAUGUUCCUGCUCUGAAUUGCCACACCAAUGUCACAAUAGAGCUACUAAACUUGUCAAUGUCGCCUAUCAAUAUUGGCGGAGGCUUAAAGACGAAAAAUUUCAAUGGCAACACAGCACUUCAUGAAGCAGUUAGAGUUGGUGCUUUGGAGAUUGCUAAGAAAAUGGUGGAAAAGGAAGAGAGCCUUGUCCAUGAGAGCAAUUCUAUGGGAGAGACACCAUUGUAUUGGGCUGCAGCUUUUGGACAGAUGGGAAUGUUAAGGUUCUUAGCCGCGAAAACGAGCAGCAGCGAUGACGACUCCGAAUUGAGAAGAAAUGAUGGCUCUACAAUUCUUCAUGCGGCUGUAAUUGGAGAGUUUUAG